AUGUCCGUUGUUUUGGGACGACUCAAAUGGGGGUUUCUCCCCACCCGACGUGUGGUUGAUGAACACGAGAAUCUGAUCAAAUCGGAAUUGUCCGACGACGCCCUUUCCACCAAAGAAGAACCUGAAAAGCAGCAGGAGGAACCUGAGCAGCAAGAACUUGAAUACCGUGAUGAGAAGGGCAGACCGUGGUAUAAGUUUUUUGACGAAUACGAAUACCGUGUGAAAAGAGACACCAAAAAGAACCGUAAGUGGUAUCACUGGUUCCACGAUGAAGAUACCCCCGCUGAGAAGAAAUUGAUCAUGAAGAUUGAUAUUCUCCUUACCUUCUACUCGCUCAUGGCAUACCUUAUCAAAUAUUUGGACCAAUCCAACUUGAACUCAGCGUACAUUGGUGGCCUUAAAGAAGGCAUUGGCAUGAAAGGUAACGAUUUGGUUGAAGUCCAAUCAAUAUUCUCCGUUGGUAAUAUUGUAUUUCAGCUUCCUUUCAUCUACAUCUUAUAUGCUUGGCCCCUCAACUAUGUUUUACCUACCUUGGACCUUGUCUGGUCCAUUCUUACUGUGUGCACUUACAGAGUUACCCUGGUGGGUGGUUUGAAAGCCAUCAGAUUUUUCAUUGGUGCCGCUGAAGCUCCGCUGUACUUAGCAUACCAUGCUUUAUUUGCCCUGUGGUAUAAGCUGAGUACUGGUGAAGUGCUGAGACGUGCUGGGUUCUAUUAUCUUGGGCAAUACUUGGGUCUUUUGACCUCUGGGUUGAUCUCAGGCUCCAUCGAACGUCAUCUUGAUGGCGUAAAUGGUCUCAAGGCUUGGCAAUGGAUUUUCAUUAUCGACGGUAUUGCCUCGGUGUUUGUCGGUAUCCUUGGUUUCUACAUGAUUCCAGGUACCCCUACUGACUGCUACUCGAUUUUCUUGACAGAUGAUGAUAUCCGUGUUGCUCGUAAGCGGAUGAAGGAUGAUGGCAAGGAUGCCCCUCCUCAAAAGAACGCUGGUAAGCUCAUCUUUAACAAGGAAACUUGGAAGCUGAUUUUUUCGUCAUGGCACGUUUACGUCCUUUCCCUCUGGAACAUUUUCUGCUGGAAUAACAAUAAUGGGACCCUGGGUUCAUACUCUCUUUGGCUUAAGUCCCUUACCAACUCAGAUGGUUCUCCCAGAUUUGCUCAGGGUACAUUACAGGAUUAUACUGCAUUGACUCCAGCGUUGGGUCUCCUUUAUUUGAUUGUCACCUCAUCAGUGGCCGACUUGGCUUCUUCCAGAUGGGCAGCAAUUGUGUUUUCGCAAGUAUUCAACAUAUUGGGUAACAUCAUUCUUGCAGUGUGGAACAUUCCUGAAGGAGCCAAGUGGUUCGCUUUCUGUCUUCAAUACUUUGGGUGGGCAAUGGCUCCCGCUUUAUAUUCGUGGCAAGGGGACAUUGUGCGGUUCAGCGCAGUACAAAGAAACGUGUGUCUCGUGAUUAUGAACAUCAUGGCUCAACAGCUGACAGCGUGGAUUUCGGUAUUGGUUUGGAAAACCGUCGAGGCCCCGAGAUUCUUGAAGGGGUUCACCUUCACCGCGUGUCUGGCGUUUGCACUUUGUGUUUGGACGUUUUAUGUGCUUUAUCUUUACAAGAAGCAAGAGCGCAAAAAUGCUCGGGCUAAUGGUAUUGUCCUUUACAACUCCGAUGAUCCUGAUUCCAUUCCCCCUGAAAUAUCCGGCACCGCCUAUCUUUCUGAUCUGGUUGCGUCCAACGAUGGCAAUGAUGAAAAGGCUAGCAUCAAGGCUUCCUAUAUUGCCAAUGAGAAGGUGGUGACCAGAACCAGCUCUCAUUCUGACUAA